CUCUCAGUGGACGGAGUGCCGCCACACACCAUCCAGUCCUCCGCGCAGCUUCGAGGAGCCGAAGAUCCACCAGCAGACGCUUCUUGAUUCUGUGUUGUCCUUCUUAUGGUGAUGAUGUGAUCAAGCCUCAGCCAAGAAACCUCCAUUAAAGACAGAGAUGGCGAGGUUGACCCUGGGGCUGUCGGCAUGCAGCCUCCUCCUGCUCUACCUCAUCCUGGAGUCUAAGGAGUCCUUUACUGCUUUGGCUGGCUGGAGACCAGAGGACAUUCCUCCGAAAGAGAUGUUACGCCAGAAAAGAGCGACAGCAGAUGAGGCGACGUUUAACUGGACGUACUUGAUCGACAUCAAAGUGAACGGUUCCUCCGGCCUCAUAGCCGCACUGAACAACAUCAGCCUCCCGGUCCAACUCAACAACAUUACCCAGAUCAGCGAGAUUCAGGUCACCACAGCAUGCACGCCGGUGGGCGCGGGUGAGCAGUGCCGCUGCCAGGAAGGGUUCGCCUGGCCAAUCGAGAGCUGCCUGGCCCACGGCGCCUGUGAUGUCAUCGCCAAGGGUGUCUGCAGCUGCAUCAACGGCCGCCCCGCCGACGGGCAGUCCUGUCAACCAAUCAAAUCACUGCAGGCGGAGGUGGUGUUGGAGGUGGAGGUGGAGCUCCACCUCAUAGACCUGGCCACCCUGGAGACUCUCCGCGCCCGGCUGGAGAACAGCAGCUUCCCUCUGGCCCUCAGUCCUGCUGUCGAGAUCACGGACACCAACAUCACCACAGUUUGCUCUCCAUUCGGGGCUGGGUUCCAAUGCACAUGUGAGGAUCCGUAUCGCUGGCCAUGUGACAAGUGUCUUCUGCAUGGGUCAUGUGACAACAUCACUGAUGAGACGUGUGGAUGCAUCAAUGCCCUUCCUCCUGAUGAAGAAUACUGCCAGCUCUCCCAACUCAUCAAUACAACUUGUCCUAUCACGACUUCUGCACCUCCGUCCACCACUUCUACACCUCCAUCUACUUCUCCACCGCCAUCAACCACUUCUCCACCUCCAUCAACAAGUCCUCCAGUGGUCUAUGAGUACCUGACUACUAUCGAGUUGCAAACCACAAAUGUUACAGUGAUAGAGGAACUGAGGAGCAUCCUGGAUAACAUCAGCUACCCCUUCCCCAUCGACAGCAACAUACUGAUCUCUGAGGUCAACAUCACCACAGUUUGCUCUCCAUUCGGGGCUGGGUUCCAAUGCACAUGUGAGGAUCCGUAUCGCUGGCCAUGUGACAAGUGUCUUCUGCAUGGGUCAUGUGACAACAUCACUGAUGAGACGUGUGGAUGCAUCAAUGCCCUUCCCCCUGAUGAAGAAUACUGCCAGCUCUCCCAACUCAUCAAUACAACUUGUCCUAUCACGACUUCUGCACCUCCGUCCACCACUUCUACACUUCCAUCUACAACUUCUCCAACUCCAUCAACCACUUCUCCACCUCCAUCAACAAGUCCUCCAGUGGUCUAUGAGUACCUGACUACUAUCGAGUUGCAAACCACAAAUGUUACAGUGAUAGAGGAACUGAGGAGCAUCCUGGAUAACAUCAGCUACCCCUUCCCCAUCGACAGCAACAUACUGAUCUCUGAGGUCAACAUCACCACAGUUUGCUCUCCAUUCGGGGCUGGGUUCCAAUGCACAUGUGAGGAUCCGUAUCGCUGGCCAUGUGACAAGUGUCUUCUGCAUGGGUCAUGUGACAACAUCACUGAUGAGACGUGUGGAUGCAUCAAUGCCCUUCCCCCUGAUGAAGAAUACUGCCAGCUCUCCCAACUCAUCAAUACAACUUGUCCUAUCACGACUUCUGCACCUCCGUCCACCACUUCUACACCUCCAUCUACAACUUCUCCACCUCCAUCAACCACUUCUCCACCUCCAUCAACGAGUAGGGCUUUGAAAAGAGUUGGCUUCCUAGCAAACAUCAAAUACACACGUCCUAACCUAAUGUAUUUGAAAUGGAUACUUUCACACGAUGCACCUGUUCUCACUGCAGGUCCUCCAGUGGUCUAUGAGUACCUGACUACUAUCGAGUUGCAAACCACAAAUGUUACAGUGAUAGAGGAACUGAGGAGCAUCCUGGAUAACAUCAGCUACCCCUUCCCCAUCGACAGCAACAUACUGAUCUCUGAGGUCAACAUCACCACAGUUUGCUCUCCAUUCGGGGCUGGGUUUCAAUGCACAUGUGAGGAUCCGUAUCGCUGGCCAUGUGUCAAGUGUCUUCUGCAUGGGUCAUGUGACAACAUCACUGAUGAGACGUGUGGAUGCAUCAAUGCCCUUCCCCCUGAUGAAGAAUACUGCCAGCUCUCCCAACUCAUCAAUACAACUUGUCCUAUCACGACUUCUGCACCUCCGUCCACCACUUCUACACCUCCAUCUACAACUUCUCCACCUCCAUCAACCACUUCUCCACCUCCAUCAACGAGUAGGGCUUUGAAAAGAGUUGGCUUCCUAGCAAACAUCAAAUACACACGUCCUAACCUAAUGUAUUUGAAAUGGAUACUUUCACACGAUGCACCUGUUCUCACUGCAGGUCCUCCAGUGGUCUAUGUGUACCUGACUACUAUCGAGUUGCAAACCACAAAUGUUACAGUGAUAGAGGAACUGAGGAGCAUCCUGGAUAACAACAGCUACCCCUUCCCCAUCGACAGCAACACACUGAUCUCUGAGGUCAACAUCACCACAGUUUGCUCUCCAUUCGGGGCUGGGUUUCAAUGCACAUGUGAGGAUCCGUAUCGCUGGCCAUGUGACAAGUGUCUUCUGCAUGGGUCAUGUGACAACAUCACUGAUGAGACGUGUGGAUGCAUCAAUGCCCUUCCCCCUGAUGAAGAAUACUGCCAGCUCUCCCAACUCAUCAAUACAACUUGUCCUAUCACGACUUCUGCACCUCCGUCCACCACUUCUACACCUCCAUCUACAACUUCUCCACCUCCAUCAACCACUUCUCCACCUCCAUCAACGAGUAGGGCUUUGAAAAGAGUUGGCUUCCUAGCAAACAUCAAAUACACACGUCCUAACCUAAUGUAUUUGAAAUGGAUACUUUCACACGAUGCACCUGUUCUCACUGCAGGUCCUCCAGUGGUUUAUGUGUACCUGACUACUAUCGAGUUGCAAACCACAAAUGUUACAGUGAUAGAGGAACUGAGGAGCAUCCUGGAUAACAUCAGCUACCCCUUCCCCAUCGACAGCAACAUACUGAUCUCUGAGGUCAACAUCACCACAGUUUGCUCUCGAUUUUGGGCUGGGUUCCAAUGCAGAUGUGAGGAUCCGUAUCGCUGGCCAUGUGACAAGUGUCUUCUGCAUGGGUCAUGUGACAACAUGACUGAUGAGACGUGUGGAUGCAUCAAUGCCCUUCCCCCUGAUGAAGAAUACUGCCAGCAACAAAUCCCACUCAGUACGUUCUAA